UGCAACACCACAACUCCACUGUCGCAACACUGAUAGCAGAGGCCAGGCUGAUCGGGCUUCUCGCCCAAGAUGUCUCUAUCCUCAGACGAAGAAGAAGAGCUCCUCUUCGACAACCAAUCCUUCGCCUCCGAGUCCAGCGACGACGACGAAGAGCUACCGGCCCCGCGACCCCUGCAUCACAACCUAAACUACUUUGCGCCCCCCUUCUACGGUCGCCCGCCAACCCCUCUACCCCCUUCGCCGUCACUGACGUCGCUCCUCCGCCCAUCGCGGCCGACAACCCCCGAUGCCUCGGACGACGACUUUGAGCCCGUGCCGCGCGCGUCGCCGCAGGUGCCGACCUACGAAUACUACGGCUUCGUGCUGUACCUCUUCUCGACGCUGACCUUUCUUGUCUACCUGCUCUGGUCCUACCUGCCCUCGCCUUUCCUCCACGCGCUGGGCAUCUACUACUAUCCGAACCGCUGGUGGUCGCUCGCGAUCCCGGCCUUCCUCACGAUGCUGGGGGUCUAUAUUUACAUCGCCCUCGCGGCGUACAAUACGGAGAUUCUGACGCUGCCGCUGAGCUCCAUUGAGACGGUGGUGGAUGAUGCCUCUAAGAUUGGGGUCAUUGACAGCAAGGGGCGGCUGAGGGAUGACCCGAAGAAGAGGUCUAGAAAUAAGAGAGAUCAUAGGUUGCCGGGGGGAGGAUACGACUGGAAGAAUAUAUGGAACGAGGGGACGGAUGCUGUUAUGGACAUACCGUUGGCCGGCGCGUGUGAAGUUCUCUACGGAGAGGGACGAGAUUUUGAGUCAGAGGACGAAUAUAUUGUGACAUGA